CAGACUCCUCCUCCGUGUGGCCUGGCGGCGGCCGCGGCUCCACUACCAAGUAGGUCCCAGGAAGAGGAGGAAGAAGCGCAGGCCGGCGAUUCCCAGCGUGCAGCGGUGCUGCAGCAGCCAUGGAGCCUAACGUGCGCUUCUGGGUCACGGAACACCAAUCUUUUUUCCAACGACUUCGUCUGUGGAUAGAAUUACUAGAUCCUACGAAUGUGAUCAUUUCAGUCGAAAAAAUAGAAACAUUGAGGCAACUGUUGUUCACAAAUGAAGAGGCACCUAUACAUGUCUCGGAGGACGAGAAGAUACAAGAAGCUUGGAAGAGGAGUCUUUCAACAGUGCAUCCAGACAGCAGUGAGCUGAUACCAGCUCUCUUGCGACCUGCAGCUUUCCUGCCCCUGAUGGCGCCCACGGUAUUCUUUUCAAUGAUGCCAGCAAAAGGGAUAAAAUCCAUGAUUUUACCUCAGGUUUCCUUAUAUACCUACACUACUGCUUUCAACAUUUCUAACGGAAAUGCAAGUUACAGUCGUCAUCUGCAUGAAAGUGUGUUAUUAGGGACAGGAGUAAUUGCUUCUUCAACCUUCCUUGGAAUGAUCCCUUAUUUGGUCCAAUUGAAAUUUUCCCUAGAUAACAUUUGGAUCCGAAGAGCCUUACCCGUUUUCUUUCUUGCCCACAUCAGUGGAAUGAAUGUUUUUACAUCCCGAAGUUUGGAGCCCAUUCGAGGCAUCCAGGUCAUGGACAAGGAAGGCAAUGUCAUAGGCCAUUCCAAAAGAGCUGGGAGAAAGGCUGUUAAUGAAACAGCAAUAUCUAGAACUGUGCUGUUUGGGACCUCAGCGUUUAUUCCUGAAGUCUUCACUUAUUUUUUUAAAAGGACCCAGUUUUUCCUGCAAAACCCACAGUCAGUAUGGACCAUGAAACUGUCCUGUACUUUCCUGGUAAUGGGACUGGUGCUGCCAGUUUCUUUCAGUAUGUUUCCACAAAUUGGACGGAUACAGCGCAGUAAGCUUGAAGAGGAAAUUCAGUCAUUAACAGAAGAAACAGAACUCUUCUAUAACAGAGGGGUAUAGGGACGAGUUUUAGAUGAAUUUGUUUGGCUCCUGCUUGAGAACCUUCCUCACGUCAAGGUUUCAGUUUAAAGAAGUCUGCCAAAGGUCGCCUGGACACCCACAGGCGUCUGUGCUGACAGCUGACUUACAAUGACAUGUGCUAAGAUGGCUGGAAGAGCAACAGGACAAGAAUGUCUAGUCUGACACUCCCACCGGGUUGCUGAGGUUAGAGUCCGCCUGGAAAUUACUAAUAAAUGUGUGUCAAGUGGAGUAUUUGAAAAAUUAAAUGCAAAGAGUCCACCAUG